AUAUAUAUUUCUUUUAUUUAUUUAUUAGGUCGUUGGAAAAUGGUUCAACCAAUUGGAAAUAAAUAUAACGGAUGUUGUUUGGAAUAAGGAAAGCGAAUUGCCAAUUUCCGCUUGCUCUUUACCAUGUGAAGCCGGAAUGAUAAAAAAACAACAGGGAGACACGUGUUGCUGGAUAUGUGACAACUGCGAACCAUACGAAUACGUACUUAACGAGUUUACAUGCAGAGAUUGCGGGCCAGGUUAUUGGCCAUACCCAGAUAAAUUAUCCUGCUUUGCGCUGGACGUUCAAUACAUUCGAUGGCAAUCCUUGUUUGCGUUAAUUCCCUUGGCGAUUGCAAUAUUCGGUAUAAUAAUGACUGUCGUUGUUAUAGUACUAUUUGCUAAGAACCACGAUACUCCGCUGGUGCGUGCUUCAGGACGCGAACUGAGCUAUACGCUGCUCUUCGGGAUUUUAGUUUGCUAUUGCAAUACUUUUGCGUUGAUAGCCAAACCAACGAUAGUCUCGUGUAUUUCGCAACGAUUCGGCAUUGGUGUCGGAUUUUCAAUCAUUUAUAGUGCAUUGCUAACAAAAACCAACCGAAUUUCGCGGAUAUUUCAUUCGGCGUCAAAAUCAGCCCAACGAUUAAGGUAUAUAAGCCCGCAAUCCCAAGUAGUGAUCACUGUAUCUCUUAUAGCUAUACAAGUACUGAUUACUAUGAUUUGGAUGAUAGUUGAGCCACCAGGCACUCGUUUUUAUUAUCCUGAUCGAACAGAAGUCAUUUUAAAAUGCAAAAUACAAGAUAUGUCGUUUUUAUUCUCGCAACUUUACAAUAUGAUAUUGAUUACAAUCUGCACAAUUUAUGCAAUUAAAACUCGGAAAAUACCAGAAAACUUUAACGAAUCCAAGUUUAUUGGAUUAACAAUGUACACAACAUGCAUUAUAUGGCUGGCGUUUAUACCCAUAUAUUUCGGAACGGGAAACUCAUAUGAGGUAAGUGCUUAUACGUUUUCAAAUAAGUUCACUGUAUUACUUCUACAAAUUUUAUAUUCAUAAAUGUAGGAUAUCCACGUUUUAAAAUCGAUGAUGUUCCGUUUAUUUAGUGAUUCAAGUAUUCCGCCAUUUAAAAUUUUGUAAGACAUAUAAUUUUUUUAAUUUUACAAGGACAAAAAAUAUUAACUAAUAUA